GACUGCACUAUCAAAAUGGAAACGAAUGUACCUUUGAGCAAUCCAGAUUACGAUCAAGUGAAAUCGGUGCACGAAUUUCAAGCUCGAAGUUUAAAAGGAGAAAUUAUACGACUGGAAUAUUAUAAAGGCUACGUGUGCAUCAUUGUGAAUAUAGCAACAAGAUCACGUAUGACCGACAAUAAUUUUGAUGCCUUUAAUAUGUUAUAUGAGAUAUACUUUCCUUAUGGUCUACGAAUUUUAGGGUUCCCUUGCAACCAGUUCGACAACGAAGAACCGGGAGAUGACUUCGAAAUAAUGCGUUACGCCGCAAAGAAGAAUGUCAAAUGGGAUAUAUUUAAAAAAACGGACGUAAAUGGACCUACCGCUUGCGAAUUAUUUAAGUUUCUUAAGCAUGAGGCGCCCGGCCCACGAGUACGUGGCGAGAGUUCCACGCUGGUAAUAAAGAGCAAUUAUACUAAAUUCAUCAUUAACAGAGCAGGUAUUCCCGACCAAAGGUUGCCACCGAAUGCAGAUUUCAAAAUGAUGGAGAAAGCUCUAUUACCCUAUCUUGGACUCAACGAACCAGUUAAACCAUUAGAUUUUAAAGCACCUGACCUACAAUCGACAGAUCUUUCUAAAGUGGGGGAAAAUAGUUCGAGUGUAAAUUAAGAGAGAAACAGAGAAAGAAUAAAAAAGAAACCGACUUCAAACUUUGUUUAUAUGUACCUACAUACAAACUGAAACCGAAAGGUUAACAAUCGGUUACCGGAAAGUGCGCGACACCGGAAUCAUCCCCUAUUAUGCCACCCUUAGGGCAUUUGCGCACUGGAUCCACUGCAUUGUGCACUAAGUCCUAUUCGAAUCUGAGAAAAACUAAUAUCGCUUGUACACCUAGAGAUAAAAUGAUCCCUGUGACAUUUCGGACCACAGACUUAUCGCUAGAGGUGGGCGUUUAAACAAAAAGCUCUUAAA